GGGCCGGACCAGGAAGGACUUGUGAAAGCGGCGGAUCCCUAAAGAAGCGAGCUGCCGGGUGGCCCCGGAGGCGGGGGCGGGGCCGAUCGAGACUGUAGCCCCCUCCCAGGCAGGGUAGGAGGAGCUGGAGCCGAGGAUUUCCUAGCAUGCUACUGCAGUCGGAUAGGUUUAGAGUCGACACCUGCCGGAGAGGAGCUGUUCUACGACUUGGAUUCCUCAGCUUUCCGCACAGCCCAGGAUCACCCCUACCUCACCUGAGCCAGCCAACACCCAAGGCAGGAGUGGCAGGCAGCUUCCGCAGUACCUUGACCUUGCUCCCUGCCUGGGACUUUAUUUCCAGUGGAGUCCUUUGUUUCGUUUCUGUCCUGUGGCCCCAGCACGGGUAGCCCCAGCAGGAGGGCAGUCGUCAUGCUGAGAAGCCGGCUUGUGAAGGUUCCCUGGAACUCCAAGAGGGUCUCGAUUAGAUGUGGAAGUAGAUUUGAAGAGGCAGAUAAAGUUGAGAUUGCCCAGAUGAUUGGAAAGAUAUGUAAAUGCUUUCUCUUCUGUUUCUCCGCCCCGUUUUGGGGAUUGAAAAUCUGUAACUGCGCGGGAGGAGGGGAGGGAAACGGAGAGGGACCUGGAACUGACUUGUGAAGCAACCUUGUUUCUAAUUAAAUUUAAAAAUAAAUAAUAAAAAAAGAAAAUCUGUAACUGAACAUAUUUUAAUAUUGAGAAAAUAAAGUAAAACAUGAAUGGAGCACUAGGACUUCAACAUAAACUCCUGAGUCCUAGAGAAAAGGCACCAGACUAAGAAAUCCUGUGCUUGUGGAGGGACGAUUCGGGCUCCUCCCCCACUUGGGGAGAAUUUAGCUCUGAGGUCUCAAGAAGAGUGCGCCUGGCACCGAGUAAAGGUGGCUAUUGUGACUUCCCGGGCCCAGAAGGGGUGGCUCAGUGCCAAGGGUGUGAUCUGGUCCAAGGCCCUGGGAAGGAACUGCCCUUCGUCUCGACUGUACUCAAGGAGACGGUUCUGGGCGAGAGGGCGUGUCAAAGGCGGAGUCUCAGGCUCCACCCCAUCUCCGGGUCCGCUCCCCUCAGCGUCCACGUGGUUCUCAUACAAUUUACCCCCAGAGCCUGUCUGUGGUCCUCAGCCGGCUUGUGAUCGAGGUUGCGCUGCAGAGAGGAUCAUUCCCCCGACGUCUGACUGUGACCUCUGCCCAGAAAAGACCAAAGAACGCUCUCUCCAGGCAGACCUGGACUCCACCGGCUUCCAACAACUAGUCUUGGACCAAGAAUUUUGGAGUUUUAAACAAGUGAGCGGUCCCAGAAGGACAGGGACUGGUGACAGGCCAUUGGGAUCGCCAUGGCUGCGCCCGCCCGCCGUCUGUGCCAUGUAGCUUUCCAUGUGCCAGCUGGGCAGCCCCUAGCAAAGGACCUACACCGCCUCUUCGGCUUCCAGCCCCUGGCGGUACGGGAAACAGGCGGGUGGAAACAGUUGGCCCUGCGCAGCGGAGAUGCAGUCUUUCUAGUGAACGAGGGCUCGGGCCCGGGGGAGCCACUGUACGGCCUGGAUCCGCACCACUCGGUGCCCAGCGCCACGAACCUGUGCUUCGAUGUGGAGGAUGUGGACGGCGCCGCACGGGCGCUGGCGGCACUGGGCUGCGCCGUGCCGGUACCACCCACUAGCGUGAAGGAUGCACAGGGCACAGCCAUCUACACAGUGGUCAGCUCUCCGGCUGGUAAUCUUAGUUUUACUUUGCUGCAGCGUGCGGGCUAUCGCGGAUCCUUCCUGCCCGGAUUCAAACUGCUGCCUUGCACACCUGGCCCUCGCUGGGUCAGCCACGUGGACCACUUGACCUUGGCCUGCACCUCUGGCAGCUCCCCUACACUUAGGCGCUGGUUUCACGACUGCCUUGGGUUUUGUCACUUGCCGCUGAGCCCAGGUGAGGAUCCGGAGCUGGGCCUCAAGGUGACUGCAGGGCCUGGGCGAGGGGGACUAAGGCUUACUGCCCUGCAAAUCCCGACUGACAGCACCGUCCCCACCCUUGUUCUGGCAGAGUCCCUGCCAGGACCCACCAACAAACAGGACCAGGUAGAGCAAUUUCUAGCCCGGCACAGGGGGCCAGGCCUGCAGCACGUAGGACUGUACACUCCCAACAUCAUGGAAGCUUCUGAAGGGAUGAUGAAGGCGGGAGGCCGGUUCCUGACCCCCCCUGAAGCCUACUACCAGCAGCCAGGCAAAGAGGAACAAAUCAUAACUGCAGGUCACAAGCCCCGCCUUCUAGAACGGCAGGGAAUUCUGCUAGAUGGCAAUAAAGACGCGUUUUUGCUUCAGGUCUUCACCAAGUCCCUCUUCACUGAGGACACCUUCUUUCUGGAGCUGAUUCAGAGACUGGGGGCCACAGGCUUUGGCCAGAACAACAUUCGGGCACUAUGGCAGUCGGUGCAAGAGGAAGCUGCCAGGGCCCAGGGAGCCUGACUCUGGCUAGGUGUGGGUGUUGCCGCUAGUCCUGGGUUCUGGGGGUGACACACCUCAGAGCACCACACCUCCACAGGAUCACACCCCAGAUAAAGGCCAUCCGUGCCCUCGGGACCAGGUGCAGGUCUUCAUUCUAACCAGUACCUGCCAAUUCUAGAGCCUCUUGUUAAAAUCCAAAACAACACAUUUAGGAUAUAUAAAGAAAGAAUAAAGGAAUGAGAUUAUAAGACACAACCAA